CUACCCCGGUCUCUAAGACCGUGCUCCACAAGGUCGGCGGGACGGCGAGCUCCGAAAGCCCAUUCUCCUUCUCUUGACUCUUGGCGCCUCCAAUCUUUCCUUCUCGAGGCACCAUGGGUAAGGAGAAGGUACACAUAAGCAUUGUGGUCAUUGGCCAUGUCGACUCUGGCAAAUCGACAACUACUGGUCAUCUUAUUUACAAGCUUGGUGGCAUUGACAAGCGUGUGAUCGAGAGAUUUGAAAAGGAAGCUGCUGAGAUGAACAAAAGAUCAUUCAAAUAUGCUUGGGUUCUUGACAAGCUUAAGGCUGAGCGAGAGCGUGGUAUCACCAUUGACAUUGCGCUAUGGAAGUUUGAGACCACAAAAUAUUACUGCACAGUCAUUGAUGCCCCUGGGCACCGAGACUUUAUCAAGAAUAUGAUCACAGGAACCUCUCAAGCUGACUGUGCUGUGCUCAUUAUCGACUCCACUACUGGUGGAUUUGAGGCAGGUAUUUCAAAGGACGGUCAGACCCGGGAACAUGCUCUUCUUGCAUUUACCCUUGGUGUCAAACAGAUGAUUUGCUGCUGCAAUAAGAUGGAUGCCACUACUCCAAAGUACUCCAAGGCUAGAUAUGACGAAAUCGUGAAGGAGGUCUCUUCUUACCUCAAGAAAGUUGGUUAUAAUCCUGAUAAGAUUCCUUUUGUUCCCAUUUCUGGUUUUGAGGGUGAUAACAUGAUUGAGAGGUCCACCAACCUGGAUUGGUACAAGGGUCCCACCCUUCUCGAGGCCCUUGACUUGAUCCAAGAGCCAAAGAGACCCUCAGACAAGCCUCUUCGCCUUCCUCUACAGGAUGUCUACAAGAUUGGUGGCAUUGGAACUGUCCCUGUGGGUCGAGUAGAGACUGGCAUCCUUAAGCCUGGUAUGGUUGUCACUUUUGGUCCAACUGGGCUUACAACUGAAAUUAAGUCUGUGGAAAUGCACCACGAGGCAUUGCAAGAGGCCCUCCCCGGCGACAAUGUUGGGUUCAAUGUUAAGAAUGUUGCUGUCAAGGAUCUUAAGCGUGGCUUUGUUGCUUCUAACUCCAAGGAAGAUCCUGCAAAGGAGGCAGCUAACUUCACUUCUCAGGUUAUCAUCAUGAACCAUCCUGGUCAGAUCGGCAAUGGUUAUGCACCUGUGCUUGAUUGCCACACCUCUCACAUUGCUGUCAAGUUUGCCGAGAUUCUUACCAAGAUUGACAGGCGAUCUGGGAAGGAGCUCGAGAAGGAGCCAAAGUUCUUGAAGAACGGCGAUGCCGGUUUUGUCAAGAUGAUUCCUACCAAGCCCAUGGUUGUCGAGACCUUUUCCCAGUAUCCACCCCUUGGUCGUUUCGCCGUGAGGGAUAUGAGGCAAACAGUGGCCGUGGGUGUCAUCAAGAGUGUUGAGAAGAAGGAUCCAACCGGUGCUAAAAUUACAAAGGCUGCUGCCAAGAAGAAAUGAGUCGCUUGUCAAACAAACUGCCAAUAAUAAUAGUUUGAGGCCUUUUUAUGUUUUAGGAACUGACUCUAUUGGAUUCAACCAGAUAGGUUUUUCGUUUGAUGAUGAACUCAGACAAAUUUCAUGUUAUUCAGUCAAAUGUUGCUUAUUUAUGGGGCUUUUAGUGUCAAACAUGGGUGAACUUUGUAGUGACCUUCCUGCCAUAAUGGUAUUCAUGAUUUGUUUGCAUUGUUCAA